AUGUCUUUGACCUACUCGGACAACCUUGCUCCCCAGCCCAUGACCGAUGUCUUCACCGACGACACUUGCAUUGACCGGCGCAAGUGCCACCGGACGGUGCCUAUGAAGGUACUGGCACUCGGCGUUGGGAGAACAGGAACAGCGUCUCUCCGCAUCGCUCUGGAGCGCCUCGGAUACCUGAAAUGCUACCAUAUGAUGUCUGCUAGUGUGGAGAACCCUCCCGACUGCUUGAUGUGGCACGAUGCCUCAUCGCCAAGUAUGAUGGUGUGGGCUGUCUGCGACUGGCCCGCCUGUGCUUUUGCUAAAGAGCUGAUUGAAGCCUACCCGAAUGCUAAGGUCAUCCUGACUACUCGUGAAGUGGACUCGUGGCAUGCGUAA